AUGGGCGGCGGCGGCGCACAUGGCGGCACCACCUACAAGAGCUACACAAUCCCGCACAACAAGCGCUGGCACACCGUCGCCGGCAAGGGCCUCUGCGCCGUGAUGUGGUUCUGGGUCUUCUACAGGGCUAAGCAGGACGGUGCCACGCUCUUGGGUUUGCGUCAUCCUUGGGAUGGGCAUGAUGACCACUCUCAUGGUCAUGGACAUGGGCAUGAGCUUCAGUUCAUAUGUUGUGGAAAAGAAUCUGGUGUAUGUUGA